AUGCUGCGGCUGCGUACGCGGCGCAGCGACUGGGCGUGCCAGCGGAGGAGUUCAUCGACGAUGGCUGCGGGCGAGGCGUAUGCGCUGCUCGGCGUGCGCCCGGGCGCCUCUGCCGCCGACAUCAAGGCGGCCUACCGUCGGCUGGCCUUGCGGCACCACCCGGACGUGGCCGGACCCGGCGACGCCGAUCUCUUCAAGCGCAUCACCAGCGCGUACUCGCAGGCGCUGCUCGAAGCGGCGCAGGGCGCGGGUGGAGCGGGCGCGGCUGCAUCGGCAGGCGCCGCAGGCGAUAGCCGGCGAGCGAGGGCGGGCGAGUCUGCGCGUCGUACCGCCCGCCCGCGCGGACCGUCCGACAACUUUGACCACGCGGAGUGGGACGCCGCGCACUACGGGGCGGAGCGGGAGGCGCGGCAGUCUGCGUACGCGCGGGAGCUGCACAGGCACGCUCGCGGCGCGGGAGGCUUCACCGCGAGCGGAGGGCGUCGCGAGCGUGCAGGCGCGCAGGGCGGCGGCGCUGGCGUCGGGUCGGAGGGCCGCUCGAUGGGCUCUGUGCUCCUCUACGCUGGCGCGCUGUACGUGGUCUACCACCUCGUCUACUCGACUCACUUUGGCUGGCUCAGGGAGGAGGCGCACCUGCUCGAGGCGAAGCACAUGGCGGACGCGGAGCGGCGGCGCAGAGCCUCGAGCGGGAACGGGUGA